AUGGGCCAAAAUGAGUCGCGGUUGGCGUUUCGUCGAGCGGUGAUUCAACUAGAAACGGGCGACCAGGGCGAUGAUGCGUUUUGGGAGAGUUUUUGGAAGUCGGAAGGAAUCGCCAAUGCUUCCGACAUUUGGGCGCUUAUUCCCAGCUCCGAAAUUCGGUCGUUGCGGGAAGAACAUCCAAGUUCUCUCGCCCAGUUGAUCUACAAAUCGGUAGAGCGUCUCGAGUCCUCGCUGAAAGAAGCCAGGGAAGAAACAGAAAAGGCGAAAAAGAAUCUGAAGCAGACGAUGAACGCUGUCCGUUUACUCACUCGAUUGACGCCCCUAGUCUACGAGGAUUCCGAGUGGGUCGGCUUCUAUCACUCCAAAAUCCCGUCCCAAGACAACGAUGGCGUUGAGAACCGAACGCUAGCCGACAAGCUGGUGGAAAUCAUCAUCGAGUUGAUGUUCUGCCCGGGCAUCGGCGCCCAUCACUCGGUUUCCAAGUCCGACUCCGCUGUUGAGGCCAUUUGGGAAGCUGGAGUUGGCAUUCUUGUUUCACCGCCGUCGGACUCGACCCUCGAGAACACUCGCUGCGAGCUCAUCCGUCUAUUGAUCACGCUUUCUUCAGAAACAUUGUACACAGAGCCUGCUUCGGCGGACAAGUGGCAGAACGGCCAGGCGCCGCAGAACAGCUGGGUUCCGCUCAUUACCCGAUCGCAACAUUCUCUGCCGCUUCUUGCCUCCCUCUUGAACACGAUCUGUUCUUACGACCCCAGCGGCGUUCCUUAUCACCACUUACUCUGGACGGAUACUCGAGAGCCUCUGGUAGAAGCUUGUUCGCAACUACUCGUCGUUCUUCUUGAAAAACCGUCGGAUAAGGGCAUCCCUGGUUCUUUUGAAGACGAAGGAAACAAGUUCCUUUAUUUGAUCAAUCGCCUUCACAGAGAAGAGGACUUCCAGUUCAUUAUAAAGGGCCUCACUCGACUAAUUUACAAUCCAUUACAAAGCUCUUAUCUGCCUUCAUCACAGAAGCGGCUGUCGUGCCACCAGGAGCUGUUGCUACUGAUUUGGCGCAUUUGCGAUUUGAACAAGACGUUUCUCCACCACAUUCUCAAAACUGGCGACAUGCUCGACCUGUUGGUGCCGAUUCUGCAUCAUUUGAACGAGGCCCGUAACGAUCCGUCGCGGCUGGGACUGAUUCACAUUUCUGUUUUUCUGCUUUUGCUUUUUUCCGGCGAGCGCAAUUUCGGCGUCCGCUUGAAUGCUACUUGGACAUCUAGAGCGGCCCUGGAUGUUCCCAGUUUCAAUGGCACGCAUGCCGACUUGCUCAUCAUCAUUUUCCACAAGUUGAUCACGACUGGCCAUGCUCGAAUUUGCUCGCUAUAUGACUGCCUUCUUACAGUUAUCGUCAAUAUUUCUCCCUAUCUAAAGAAUCUGAGCAUGGCGACUGCAACGAAGCUCCUCCAACUUAUGGAAAUUUUCUCCCAACCCUCGUUCCUCUUCUCGCACCAGCAAAACCACCAUCUCGUCUUUUUCCUGUUGGAAUCGUUCAACAACCUGAUUCAGUACCAAUUCGACGGUAACUCGCCACUCGUUUACUCGAUCAUCCGCCGCCGCAAGAUCUUCUACCAACUAGCUGCUCUCCCGACCGAUUCAAACUCGAUCGACAGACUCAAAAGCAAAAGAACCAAAAAAGCAUCGCGAAGAGUUCCGCAGUUCCUCGAACGCUGGAAUCAACGAGGAGAACCAGCUCAACUCAAACAUCGAGUCAGACGAGUCAGUCUCGAUCGGCGACGAGAAAACGCGACUUUUGAGACGACCGUGGCCGAUAACAUCUUGUCAAACGGGGAGAUGAAUUCGAGCAGCGAGAAAAAGAAAACGAGCGAGCAGCUAAAGUUUAAAAAUGAAGAGACGCUGCUCAACGAAAAGGCUGAAAACGAAAGCCAAGAAAUGAGUAUCGAAACCGGGCAAAAUAUUCAAAUAGAGCAUCAUAGCUCUAUCCCGCAAGUGAUGAAGAUGACGGAAGAGAUAUUAGACGGAACAAAGCAAACAGAGGUCGAUUGCGAUGUUUCGGAAGCGCCGCAGUGGGAGGCCACGUCGAACUGGGCCUCCUCCUGGAAAAACAGACUGCCCUUGCAGACGAUUAUGAGAUUGCUGCAAGUCCUCGUCCCACAGGUUGAGAAGAUUUGCCUCGACAAGCAGAUUUCGGAUGAAAACGACAUUUUAAAAUUCAUCAAGAGUGGCACCCUAGUUGGUCUUCUUCCCGUCCCACAUCCGAUUUUAAUCAGCGAUGGCGAGUCAACAUGGGGAAGAAAACAAGUACAAAGUGGGCGACUAUGUAUAUAUAGAACAGUCGCAGGAGAACCCCUUGUCAUCAGAAGAAUCGACGAACUUCAAAAGACGGCACAAGGCAAUGUCGCUGCUAAAGUUGUUUCUUACUAUCGACGAAGGGACAUUCCAAAUUCAUUAGCAGCCCUGGCCGACAAACAUGCCAACGACAUGGCGGAGUCGAUGUUCUCCGAGUACAAAUUCAACGAUGUCGAGAAACACCAGCUCACGCACAGAGAAGUCUUCCUCUCCCGCCAAGUCGAGACGGUCAAUGCCUCGCUUAUCCGGGGCAAGUGCUCCGUCAGAAUACUCAGCGACGCCGAAAACAUGCAGAUGUACAUCAAAGAGCCGGAUACGUUCUACUACUCGCUGGUAUUCGAUCCCAAGCAAAAGACACUGCUCGCGGAUGGUGGCGAUAUUCGCAUAGGAUCCAAGUAUCAAUGCCAAAACAUCCCAGAAGUGUUGGAGGAUUCAUCCAAAGACGAAAAAUUCUCGGAAGAGCUUGAAGAACUCUGCUGGGAACCAAACAGGAUAGAUGAUCUCUCGAUUGAGCGCUUUACGUGUCUCUUCCGCUCGGUGGGUACAUUCGCCAGAGCGUUGGACAAGCCGAGCUGCGGCAAAAUGGGACUCGUCGACGCCGCUUCCAUGGCUUCGCGGGACAUGACCCUCACCACUGCCUACAAAUAUCUCCACGAAGCUGGCUACGACUUCGCGAAAGCAACGGAGCGACUUCUGCCAAACAACGCAGCUGUUGCCGGCGAAAUCAACGUCGGUCCCGUCUUUGUCCGCGACGAAUUCGAAGACUGGUCCAAGGCCGAAGCGCAGCUCUUCGAGGAAGGAAUGCAAAAGUACCAGAAGGAGUUUCUCUCAAUCCGCGACGAUUACUUGCCCUGGAAGACGCUGUCUAGCAUUGUCGAGUUCUACUACCUUUGGAAAACGAGCGACCGAUGCGUCGAAAGGAAAAAGCGAAAAAUGACGGAGGAGCAGCAGAAGCUGAAGUUCGUCUUCAUUCCUCCGUACGACAAGCCGUCGAAAAUGUGCAAGCACGAGAACCAAAUGGACGAGAAAUCGCGAACCCGUCCCUGCGAAGGAUGCUGCGCCUUCGAGUCCGAGGACAAGCUCUGGUUCCCAUGGGGCCCCGAGCGCUAUCACUCCUGCACUCAUCUUCAGAAGCUUCCCAACAAAACGCCUCUCUCAGUUCAGCGCCGGGACCAGAAAAACCAAAAGCAGCGCCAGCAGAGUUUUUACCUCCAGACAACAAGAGCAACAAAGAAAAUGCGAGUAGUUUGCAAAGAUAUUUGUUACGAGAAAAAGAUCGCAUUGAACCCAUUCCAGUCCUUCAAAACGGACAUGGAGGCUAUCAAGGCCGAGUGCAAUGCCAGGUUGAAGGCGAACCCAGACGCAGGCUCGGUCCGGAAAAGAGUCUUUCCGAAGCUGCACGAAGAGGUGAUCAAUAAAAUUCGCGCCUCGCAAGUGAAACCAGAAGAGAACUCAAGCGCCAAGCAGCCCGUAAAAAGUCCCAAAAAGGAGGAAAACACCGCCGAAACGAAACAAGAGCCACUAGAUAUGAAACAAGAAGCAAUAGAAGCAGAAACCGAUGCCGCCGAAAACGGACCCGAAAACCUACGAAAAGGACAAGGAAAACUUCCGCAGCAGAUGAACAGUAGUCGAGCACGACGGGACGAGCAGCUUGUUUUCAUGAUGCGUCCAAACGAGGAAACGAAAAAACUCCGAGAGCAACACGUAAGCCUCUGUCGCAAGUAUGCCCGUCGACCAAGCGCCGGCGCCAGGGAAGAACAGAAAUCACAACUCAUCGCGCUUCUCUUCGCUUCCCAAAACUGA